AGGUUGAGGCAGACACAGACUUCUCCAAAUUAUUUCAGGUGUAUCUACUCCGCGUGAAGCUAUAAGUGGCGGAAAGCUACCUCCCGUUCGUGGACUCUCGUUGACACUUUUCAGCCCCAAUUCAAAUGCUCAUCCUACGUUAACAACAUUGUUCGCCCACUGGAUGCAAUUCAUUGCGUCUGAUAUGGUCAAUGUGGUGGAAACGCAAGCAAUAAUCGAUGGAAAAAUUCGAUCAUUUCCAUGUUGUCGUCCGGGUUUUGCGCAUCCUGAAUGUGAUGCCAUAGAUGUGCCAAAAGCCGACCCUGCCUAUAGGAACCGAAUAACAUGCCUUCCUCAUACCCGUACCAUGGUUGCUCCAAAAUCGGGAUGUGCUCUCGGUCCAAGGGAGCAAGCUAACUUGGUCUCAUCCUAUCUUGACGGCAGUAUGAUCUACGGAUCUAAUGCAGAACGUGCUAAGCAGUUGAGAAGUUUUAAUCAAGGUAUCAACUCGAGGUAG